AAUCUCAAACUUGGGUUCUUCCAGCGGACCAAAUGUGUCCCAGCCGCGACCUGUUCAUAAGCUAGAAACACACGGCUCCGUUCGAAAAAACAGCUCUAGUCUGAGCCUCAGGGACCUCACUCUCGAUCCCUCCACGGGUCCCUGCAAAACAGUCUUCAACGUUGGCAAUUUCAGGUAAGGGCAUCGGGUGCUGCCGAUAGGACUAUGGCUGCGGUUGUCAGUAGUCAGAUUGUCGUGUCUUCCCUCGAUCUUCAGCGCAAGACGGCUGCAGGCGCGCUCGGGGAAUGCUUGGGCUCGGUCAAAACAUGCCAAAUCGUCCCGCCCCGAGUCUUCGACACCAGACUCCGCGCGCGGAAAUGCUUCGAAGGACUGAACAGCUCGAAUUCGCGGUCGAGGUCGGAGUUCAGGAUCAGCAGCGCUCUUCGCACUGACGAUGGAGGCGCGUCGAUGUCGGUCCAGGAAGAAAUUCCUAUUCCCAAGGGCAGCGAUGUCGACGAGGAGGACCUCGAGGGGCUGACGAAAGAAGAGCGCCUCGAGGCCGUGCAGGACGCGAAGCUGGCGCUCCAUCCCGAACGGGGGUUGCUGGAGAAGCCGACGGAUCUCGAGGACCGAGGCAAGGAAGAGAAGCACCCAUUCGCGCAUCUGCACGUCGGGCAGCGAUGGCGCGAGAUCCAGGGCGCGAAUCAGUGGGCCGGUCUGUUGGAGCCUCUGGACGAGGUCCUCCGCGGGGAGAUUAUGCGCUACGGGGAGUUCGCGCAGGUCGCUUACGAUGCCUUCGACUACGACACGCACUCGCACUACUGCGGGAGCGCCAAGUACCACAAGAAGCGGCUGCUGGAGAGGGUCGGAUUGCUGAAUCGCGGCUACGAGGUGACGGAUUACAUCUACGCCACCUCCGGCCAUGACCAUCCCAUCGCCAACUUCUUCCGGCGAUUCGACUUCGACGACACCGACGACUGGGAUGCGGACGAGAUUUGGGACAAGGAGUGCAACUGGAUGGGCUUCGUGGCCGUGGCCACGGACGAGGAAGAGAUCGCGAGGCUCGGGCGCCGGGACAUUGUCAUCGUGUGGAGAGGGACCGUGUCGAAGCUCGAAUGGCUCGAGAAUCUGCGCGAUUAUCUGGCUCCGAGUGCCUUCGACCUCCAGGAGCGGCUCGGAUCGGCCGACAUUAAGAUCGAGGCGGGUUUCUUGAAUGUGUACACGUCGCGACACGAGUAUUCGGCCUACACCAAGAGAAGCGCUCGGGAGCAGGUUCACAGCGCGCUCAAGAGAUUGGUGCGCAGGUACAAGGACGACGAGAUGAGCAUCACGGUGACAGGGCACAGCCUGGGAAGCGCUCUGGCGCACGUCUGCGCCUACGAUCUGGCGGAGAAUGACUUCCACUUUCGGGAGGAGCAUCCUCGCGUGCCCGUGAAUGCCAUCCCUCUCACGGUCUUCUCGUUCGCCGGCCCUCGAGUGGGCAACGACGCGUUCAAGGAUCGCAUGGAAGAGCUGGGCGUCAAAGUCCUGCGCCUCGUCAACAAGCACGACCGCGUGCCCAAAGUGCCGGGAAUUCUUCUCAACGAGAGGCUGGAAAUGCUGGAAGAGAAGGCCGGGUUUUUGUGGAACUGGAUCGAGAAGUUGCCGUGGACGUACACCCACUGCGGAGUAUCCCUUGAGAUCGAUAAUCUGGACUCUCCUUUCCUCAGAAAAUCCAAAGACGCUCUUAAUGCUCAUAAUCUGGAGGCCUACAUCCAUCUCGUGAAUGGAUACCGCGGAAAGAACAAGGGCUUCGAGCCCGCCAUUCCUCGAGACAUUGCUCUUAUUAACAAGGCAAGCGAUUUCCUGAGGCCCAAGCACUCCAUACCGCCUUCUUGGUGGCAGGAGGAAAAUAAGGGUCUCAUGCGCACCAAGGAAGGUCGAUGGGUACCUCGCGUUCGUGACCCUGACGAUGUGCCCAUGGCCGAGGACCUGGAGCAUGAAACCGCUGUAAACUUUUCGAACAGCAGUUAAUCAGAGAAAUUCGUCCCCAUUGUACUUUUAAUUAGUGAGCACAGUAUCAGUUUCCCUCCGCAUGGUCUCGUUUUGUAUAUUUCAGUCGGUGAUAACUCUAUAGCACAGAGGAGCCUUUCUUCUGAUAGGAGUAAGUGCUCGUGGAGCACGCAGAGGGUAUUAUAGAAGCUGCCAAAUGGCGUGUAAACUUGAAUUUGUGAAUACUUAAAAAUCCUUUCUGAGGACUCUGGGAAGUCUUGUUGGUAAGGGUAUGAAAUACCCUCUCCACCAAGGAUUUCAUGCCCAAGUACUUCCACCAAGACUUGAUAUACCCCCAUGUGUUUCUGGGAUGUAUAUAUUAUAAAUUUGAAGUUUCUGAAUUUUACAC